UUUACUAACGAAAUUCCAACGAAAUGGGAAGAGGAAAACAGACAUGUCAAGGUAAACAACACUUCAGUCAUCCACACAUCUUGAAACCAAUUGUCAAUCCAACUGAAACUCUUACUUGCAAUGCUUGUGAGCAACCAAACAUUACUAGUAACUUCUAUGGCUGCACUACCUGCCAAUAUUACCUCCACGAAAACUGCCUCAACGCUCCGCGUUUUCUCCAUCACUCAUCUCAUCCAUCCCACCACUUAACGCUUCUCCCAGUUCCAACUUACUCGAAUUGUUCUUAUACUUGCAAGGCUUGUGGCUCUGCAGGCAAUGGUUGUAGCUUUAGCUGUGCCUGUUGCGACUUUGAUAUCCAUAUGCAAUGUGCCCUUUUGCCCCAAACUGUUGUCCUUCCCCAGCAACAUCAUCAUGAACUUGAACUCAUUUUUCAAUCCCCUUAUGAUGAUGACGCCGAUGAAAACACUGUUUUUGUUUGUGAUGUCUGUCACGACAAUGCAGAUCUUAAUAACUGGUUGUAUUAUUGUGCUGAUUGUGAUUUUGGCACACAUCUAAAAUGUGCCCUUUCCAAAUCUGUCAGACAACAAGAACCGAAACAGAGGAAAACAGAGAAGGAACCAAUCAAGAUACAUGAAAUCAAUCAAAAAGAGGAAAACAGAGGUGUGACGAGUAAAGUAAAAAAUCUUAAGCAUUUUAGCCACUCCCAUCCUUUAGAACUCUGUAAAGUUCGACAAUCAAAUGAGAUAAUCUGCUCAGGUUGUGAGGAUGAACUUUGUGACACUACUGCUAAUUACAAAUGCACAAAAUCCAAUUGCGAAUUCAACCUUCAUAAAUCAUGCUUCGAAUUACCAAGAAAAAUACAACACAAUUCCCAUCCUAAUCACCCUCUCACUUUGUACCCUACUUCACCCGAACGACGACUCUAUUUUGGUUGCAAUGCUUGUGGUGAAAUACCAAACUCCUUUGUCUACGAAUGCCUCGAAUGUAACUUUAGUCUCCAUGCUAAAUGUGCUACCUCUUGGCCUGAAACCGCGACUCGUGAGGAUCAUCAACAUUCCCUUACACUCCAAUAUCAAUGGCCAUUUCCUAGUGAAGAUUCUGUGUAUAUAUCCUGCAAUGUGUGCGAUGGACAUUGUAAUGAUAGCUUAUGGCUUUAUUACUGUGCCGAGUGUAAACUUGGCACACACUUGAAAUGUGUGACAGUUAAAAAGGAAGAAGAUUCGAGCCUUGAGACUGAAAAAGAACCUGUACACGAAGAGAAUAUGACUAAUGUGGAGAGAUUGAUGAUGGCGACUAUCGAGCUUCAGGAACAUCAGAAGUUCCAAAGGAAAAUGGGAAGAGGGAAACAGACAUGUCAAGGUAAACAACACUUCAGUCAUCCACACAUCUUGAAACCAAUUGUCAAUCCAACUGAAACUCUUACUUGCAAUGCUUGUGAGCAACCAAACAUUACUAGUAAUUUCUAUGGCUGCAAUACCUACCAAUAUUUCCUCCAUGAAAACUGCCUCAACGCUCCGCGUUUUCUAGAUCAUCCUUCUCAUUCAUCCCACCACUUGACCCUUCUCCCAGUUCCAACUUACUUGAAUCGUUCUUUUACUUGCAAGGCUUGUGGCUCUGCUGGCACUGGCUGUAGCUUUAGCUGUGCAUGUUGUGACUUCGAUAUCCAUAUGCAAUGUGCCCUUUUGCCCCAAACUGUUGUCCUUCCCCAGCAACAUCAUCAUGAACUUGAGCUCAUUUUUGAAUCCCCUUAUGAUGACGAGGCUGAUGAAAACACUGUUUUUGUUUGUGAUGUCUGUCACGACAAUGCAGAUCUUAAUAACUGGUUGUAUUAUUGUGCUGAUUGCGAUUUUGGCACACAUCUCGAAUGUGCCAUUUCCAAAUCUGCCAGACAACAAGAACCGAAGAAACUGCCAGUCAACAAACCAAGAGGAAAUCGAGUAAUAAUCAGGAAAACAGAGGAGGAACUACAAGAAACCAAUCAAAAAGAAGAGGUCAAGGACGAGGACAAGGAGGAAGAAGAAGAAGAUGGAGGUGUGACGAAUGAAGUAAAAAAAAUGAAGCAUUUUAGCCACUCCCAUGCCUUGGAACUCUCUGAAGUUCAAGAAACAGAGGAGAUACUCUGCUCAGGUUGUGAGGAUAAACUUUGUGGUACUGCUUACAAAUGCACAAAACGAAAUUGUGAAUUUGCCCUCCACAAAUCGUGCUUCGAGUUACCAAAAAAACUACAACACGAUUCCCAUCCUAAGCACCCUCUCACUUUGUACCCUACUUUACCCGAACGAGACUCCAUGUAUUUUGGUUGCAAUGCUUGUGGUGAAGAAUCAAAAUCCUUUGUCUACGAAUGCCUCAAAUGCAACUUUAGUCUCCAUGCUAAAUGUGCUACAUCUUGGCCUAAAACUGUGACUCGUGAGGAUCAUCAACACUCUCUUGCAAUCCAAUAUAAAUGGCCUUUUUCAAGUGACGAAUAUGUGAAUAUCUUUUGUGAGGUUUGUUGUGGACUUUGCAAUGAUAGCAACUGGCUUUAUUAUUGUGGCGAGUGUAAAUUUGGCACGCACCUGAAAUGCGCUACAGUUAAAAAGGAAGAUGGUUCAAACCUUGAGAACGAAGAAGAAGAAGAAGAAGAAGAGGAGGAGGAUUACGAGAAUAUGAGUGAUGAGCAGAAAUUGUUGAUGCUGACGAUCAAAGCUCAAGGUCAACAGGCAAGGCUUAAUUUUCAAACUCAAAUGGCAUUUAUGAACGCCCAAACUAUGGCCAAUAUGUUCCGUCAUCGUUAUUAUUAA